AUACACUCCCCAUCCGCCCCAGCAGUUCCGUGCACCUUCUUCACGCACAUCUCCUCUCGUUUCUUCUCCACUUGUUAUCAAAUCACUUGUAUAAUCGCAAACAAGAACUCUCUCUGGUGGGGAAGAUGGAGAUGGCUGACCAGAAGACCGUGGCCAAAAGUGCCGUCUCCAACAACGGCCUCCGACCGAAGUCGAUCGAGGACUUCGAUCCUCCGGCGAGGCCGCGACGGAACAAGUACGCCAUGGCCUGCGCUACCUUGGCCUCCACGACCUCCAUUUUGCUGGGUUAUGACAUAGGGGUGAUGAGUGGGGCAAUCAUAUACAUAAAGGAAGACUUGAAGAUAAGUGAUGUGGAGGUGGAGAUCUUGACGGGGAUCCUCGCCGUGUACUCGCUACUUGGUUCAGCGAUGGCGGGGCGAACCUCCGAUUGGAUUGGCCGCCGCUACACCAUCGUGUUGGCCGGGGCCAUCUUCUUUGCCGGGGCCCUUCUCAUGGGCUUCGCCCCCAACUACGCCUUCCUCAUGUUCGGCCGCUUCGUCGCCGGCAUCGGCGUCGGCUACGCCCUCAUGAUCGCUCCCGUCUAUACCGCUGAGGUCUCCCCUGCCUCCACUCGCGGCUUCCUCACCUCCUUCCCCGAGGUAUUCAUCAACAUCGGCAUCCUCCUCGGCUACAUCUCCAACUAUGCCUUCUCCAAGCUCCGCCUCAGCCUCGGGUGGCGUAUGAUGCUCGGUGUGGGAGCAAUCCCCUCCGUCCUCCUUGCCUUCGGGGUUCUCGCCAUGCCGGAGUCCCCUCGGUGGCUCAUCAUGCAAGGCCGCUUGGGUGAUGCGAAGACCGUCCUAGCCAGGACCUCUGACUCCAAGGAGGAGGCGGCGCUCCGGCUCGCGGACAUCAAGGAGGCUGCUGGCAUCCCUGAGGAGUGCAACGACGAUGUUGUCGAGGUCACGAAGCGGAGCACUGGGGAGGGUGUGUGGCGUGAUCUCCUCCUCCACCCAACGCCGUCCGUUCGCCACAUUCUCAUUUGUGCCGUUGGGAUCCACUUCUUCCAACAGGCUUCCGGCAUCGACGCUGUUGUCCUCUAUAGUCCUCGCAUCUUUGAGAAGGUCGGCAUCACCUCCUCCGAUAGAAAGCUCGUCGCCACCAUUGCGGUCGGCGUCGUAAAGACAUUGUUCAUUCUCGUCGCCACCUUCCUCCUUGACCGAAUCGGAAGGCGGCCGUUGCUACUGAGCAGCGUCGGCGGGAUGAUCAUCUCACUCGGCUCCCUCGGAGUGUGCCUCACGAUCAUCAACCAUAGCCAAACGAAACUCAUGUGGGCGGUGGUCGUGUGCAUCGCGUCGGUGUUGUCCUACGUGGCUUUCUUCUCCAUCGGGAUGGGGCCAAUCACGUGGGUGUACAGCUCGGAGAUCUUUCCGCUAAGGCUCCGGGCGCAGGGGUGCGCGAUCGGUGUCGCCAUGAACCGGGUGACGAGUGGAGUGUUAGCGAUGUCGUUUAUAUCGCUAUACGAGGCGAUCAGCAUCGGCGGGGCCUUUUUCCUGUUCAUGGCAGUCGCGUGUGCCGCAUGGUUGUUCUUCUACAUACUAAUGCCGGAGACGCAGGGGCGAACGCUAGAGGAGAUGGGGCAGUUCUUUGGUAAUUACACCAAGUGGAGGUCCGUGGCAAGGGAGAUUGACAUACAAAGGAAUAAAGAGGUGGUCAACGGCAACGGAGGCAAUGGCGAGGGCCAAUUAGGGAAAUGAUUAUAAAGGUAGGGUACAUCCGGUGGAAAUGGAUGCCUUUGUUAGGGUUUUUAUAGUAAUUAUACGUAAUGUGAUUUGGUUUGAUAAUUGCUGACGUGGAUAAUGCCGGAAAGGGUUGCUCCUUGUUUGGCAUUUUAAAGAAACAAAAACGAAUUACUAUGAUGAAUUUCAAAAGAAGAAGCCGAGAGAAAUUCCUUGGUUCUUAGUCGUCUACUCUUUUUCCUUUAAUACAGUGGUUGGGACUUUUGUUUUCACCACCAAUUUGGAUCUUUACUUAGAUAAUUUACGAAGGUUGUCAUCUGGACCUAUUCUGUCAAAAUCGAAUUUAUCGUGAAUAGAUGGAUCCAAUGGAA